GGCUCCAGCAGAGUUGAGGCAGUGCCGCAGGCCCGCAGGGUAAGCAGACUGCUGGUGGUGAGGUGGCUGAGUGGGCGCAAACGAACCAGGGUACCAGGGUGGGCGCAGGGCGCCGAGUCGCAUCCCCAAAGCAGUGAGGCUCGCUCCGGGAGCCCCAGGGGCCAGAGCGCGCGCACCUCGUCUCCAGACAUGGGGUCAGCAGCGUUAGAAAUUUUGGGUCUGGUGCUGUGCCUAGUGGGCUGGGUAGGCCUGAUCCUGGCAUGCGGACUGCCCAUGUGGCAGGUGACCGCCUUCCUGGACCACAACAUUGUGACAGCGCAGACCACAUGGAAGGGGCUGUGGAUGUCAUGCGUGGUGCAGAGCACAGGGCACAUGCAGUGCAAGGUGUAUGAGUCUGUGCUGGCACUGAGCACCGAGGUGCAGGCGGCGAGGGCGCUCACCGUCAGCGCGGUGCUACUGGCGCUGGUUGCGCUCUUCGUAAGCCUGGCGGGCGCACAGUGCACUACCUGUGUGGCCCCAGGCCCAGCUAAAGCCCGCGUGGCUCUCACAGGCGGCGUGCUUUAUGCGCUGUGCGGGCUGCUGGCACUUGUGCCACUCUGCUGGUUCGCCAACAUCGUAGUCCGUGAGUUCUACGACCCGGCGGUGCCAGUGUCACAGAAGCAUGAGCUGGGUGCAGCCUUGUACAUCGGGUGGGCGGCCUCUGCUUUGCUCAUGUGCGGUGGCGGCCUGGUGUGCUGCGGAGCCUGGGUCUGCGCUGGCCGCCCGGACCUCAGCUUUCCAGUCAAGUAUUCUGCGCCUCGGCGGCCGACGGCCAGCGGUGACUACGACAAGAAGAACUACGUCUGAAGGCGCAAGGUACAGCGGUGUCCCUCCCAGCAGCCAAGUGAGCGAACGGAAGGACCAGACCGAAGCGCAGCG